AUGCCCAAAGCAGCCUCCGAUGCCACUACGCGCACUCCUAGCUCUCUCUCCCUCCUGUUUGCUCCUCACAGAACGCCGACAAGCGCCUUGGAAGGCCCAACUUAUGACGGAAGUGACCGUGGCACCUUCCCGUGCACCCGGCUAUCCUCGGAUUGUCGCUCCAGGAAGACGCGAGGUUUCAAGCUUCAUAUCUCAAUCGACGCUUCGAAAAGGAGGAGCCACUCCAAGCCCAAGGCCAGUGGCACCAGUAGACCCGCUAUCUCUCCCUUACGCAUAGUGCAGAGUGGUACUAGUCCGAUUGUGGAAAAGCCCAAGACCCCUGCCCACCGUCCUCCGCAGCUACACGCUGCUUCGAGCUAUAGCUUCACCUGCGGCGUACCAACUCCCGAUUCCGAAGUUGGAUUUUCCAGCCAGGUGAUCGCAAGAACCGGGUGUACUCCUGCCCACAUCCAUUCCUCAAGUUGCGAGGAUUCCGUGGAACAUCGAGUCCAAACCGCUCUUCAUCGCCUGGAGGUCCUGACAUCGCGCUAUAGGAACUCGGUCUCAGAGCUAGAGUCGGACAUUGCGCUUCUCAGGGACGAGAUCGCCAGCAUCGAUGAGUCCUUUCGCAAGGAAAAGGAGUUAGUGGACGCGUUGCCAGAUGAAGAAUUCGCAAAGCAAUACGGACUGGGGGUUACUCGACAAGAAUGGUUGUUUACUGCAGGAGGGCACGGACAGGGUGGAUUUUUCAACUUUUAA